UGAUUGUAUCUAUCUGUUGCUCUGUCUGCUAGAGUAUUCGUCGUUGCUUAGCUGCACUGCUACCACUUCUACCAACACCAGUGCCACCAUUGACCUACACACACUUCAACUCCUUUGUUGUUGUCUAUUGUAGAAGAUACCACUUGCACCCACGUUGAAAGGACAUUUAGGGGCGCUAUAGACGGUCUGCUUCCUUUGGAAUCCUCAUCCUCCCUGUCGUCUCACUUUCCGCUGUCAUAAACUACGCCGCCGUCCCGCAACAUGUUUCGUUUCACAGAGCUCGUAUUCCUCGUCGCCAGCUGGUCGUCGCUUGUCUCUGCACACACCGUCAUUGUGUAUCCAGGAUGGAGGGGAAAUAACAUCAUGACGAAUGGCACCGAGUCACCUACGGACCCAUCAAUUAAACCCGGAUCGCUAGGAAUCAAUUAUGACAACGGAACUCUAGGAUUUCCCUAUGGCAUGCAGUGGAUGUAUCCUUGUGGUGGCAUGCCGACAUCGACAAAUCGCACAAAGUGGCCCCUACAGGGAGGAGCCAUCUCAAUCCAACCCGGCUGGUUCCCCGGCCAUUCGCUCGCACAGUUCUACAUCAAUAUGGGCUUCGGCAAUGAGCCACUCAACUACUCGCACGCCAUGCUGCCUGUCUUUCAAAUCACAGGCCCUGCAAACGUCCAAUAUAAUGGCUCGUUCUGUCUGCCUCAAGUACCUCUGCCAGCAAAUUACACGCCUUCGAUCGGCGACAAUGCAACGAUUCAAGUCAUCGAGUUGGCGCAACACGGUGCCGCGCUUUACAAUUGCGCCGACAUCACCUUCGCUGAUCCCAAAGACGUCCCCGAAGUAAAUUCUUCAAAUUGCUUUAACUCGACCCAAGAAAACGAGCGCAUCGGCUUCCAACUCCUGUACGCGACCACCAGCUCGCCUGCGGACCGGGCAAUCGUCGUUAAUGCUUUCGCCGCACUUGCGGUGCCAAUCAUGCUCAUGGCCGGUUUCUGGACCACCUACUUAUAAAACAAAUCACAAGACGACUCUUUUUAAUAAUCGCAAUUUUUCCAUUUCAUUAAUCUAUCUUAUUGGAGGCCAAAUGCGUUAACACGGCCAAUGGCGUUUACAGUCUGAGAUAUCCCAAGCGAUCCCAAUCCUUUUAUUUUCAUCCAUACUCUGUACAUCAUCAUCGUCUCCGACGAAUCUUUCGGUCUUUUGGGAUACUCGAGACGAGCGCAGAUAACUCGACUUCGGAAGGCAAUGAAACGGGCUUCAACU